AUGUUAUACAUCCUGGCAUUCCCUACACUCAUGAGCGCUAUGAGUGGUUACGACUCCAACGUUGUAUCUCGUGUCCAAGAUGGCGAUGAUAACCUUGUCCCUUUCAACAAGUAUGCGCGGGUUGUCUAUGUCAUUCACGAUGGCUGGAGAGUCGGCGAAAAUGGCGAAUACUGGAUCAGGGACAUUGAAAGUCAAUAUGUCGAAAUCCAUGGACUUGGCGGAACCCAAAACGAAUCGUCGCAGUUUAUGAACACGCUCAUAGAACCACCUGUCCUCAAUAUCACUGCGUACAAAAGCGAAGCGAAGCGGCUCGGGGGCCAAAACUCUCCUGAACCAUUAGACGUAACUUGGGUGAGGGGGAACAAAACCUUCGAUCGCACGUACAUGGAGCUCUACGGCAAGUGCCAGAACACGGGGGUAGGUCGUCACUAG